CCGCGUAGCCACCAACUGGAUGAAAUGACCGGCGCUUGGCUACCACGACUUCGACGGCUAUGGAGUUCCGAGCGCUCGAUCUCCGCAGGAUCCUUCGUCUCGUCGCUUCCACCGCUCCUCUCGGGGGAAGGUGGAAGCGGCUGCUGAGCACCGCUGACGCUGGCGCCUCCGGCGAGUUCCUCAGCGGAAGCGCCUAUGAGGUGCUAGGGGUACCGGAGUCGAGCUCCUUUGCGGAGAUUAAGGCCUCGUUCCGUAAGCUCGCCAAGGAAACCCACCCUGAUAUGGUCGCAUCGGGUUCGCCUGACGACGCUGCCGCCUCCGAUCGCUUCCUCCACGUCCUCGCCGCUUAUGAGAUUCUUUCCGAUUCUAAGAAAAGAGCUGACUAUGAUAGCUAUUUACUUGCUCAAAGGCAAACAUUUCAAAAACGGUGUGGAUUUGCUUCACCCAUCUAUUCCCAGAGCUCCUCACUAACGAUGGCAAGACAUACCAACGUAGUGGAAUGGCUAAAAUGGUACAGACUUGCCGUUGAUGAUAUUAUUAUGGAGAGGAGAGUAGCAACGGGCACUAGUUAUUUUGAUAAACUAGAAAAUGAAUUCUACUCGGCAAUACGGAUGGCAUAUUAUGGGCCACCAAUUGAGUCUAUUGAACUACUUCCUGAUUGUUUUGAAGCUGAAGAAAGGUCUGGAUAUGAAACUUCAGAGGUCCUUCAGCUAGUCUCAGGACGUGAUUUGUUUGGAAUUGUUAAUUUGGUGGACAGACUUCCUGAAUUAUCUUAUAUUUUCCAUGAAAAAAUAACCAAUUUUGAUUAUUCCAUGGUUCAUGGAGCUCAUGAAGAUGUUGAGCAGUCUAUCGUGGAAGGGAAGGUUGCUCAUUCAAGGAAUGCCAAUAUUUCUGGGACAGAAAUGGCUCAAAGCAGUGUGUCUGAAUCAGAUGCUUAUAAAGACCUUGAGCUCCAUAUUUUUGGGAGAGUAGUUGCUGUAGCAAACAGAAGUCAGAGAUGCAAAUGCAUCGACUUGCCCAUAGUGGAUUCAGAAGACCAUAUACAUAUCUUUCUGCCUACAGAUGGAGCCAAAAACUCAGCUUCGUCAGAUUCCUCAGGAUCAAGAACUUUACUGGGAAUAGUCACUGGACUUGGGACGAGCACGGAGGAAGAUUCAUGCUCUGUUUAUAAUAGAACUGGGGUUAAAACGCACGUGAUUAUGAAGCAUAGAACUUUACUGGUUAAACACAUGCAUUGGUUUCAAGUUCAAGAUGAAGCUUUAACUUGUGAGUGUCGAUGUAGUAGAGCUUGCUUACCGCCUAGCAAAUAUUGGCUGUUUGAACCUCGAUGUAGCCUUCAUGAUAUUGGUGGCUGGUAUAUUGAAACAUAUGGACGGAACAAGAAGGGAAAGACCAUCCUAUCUAGAAGACAGUGGGAUGGUAUGAUUGAACACCCUGAAAAGAGAUUACAUCCUGCUAUUUAUUUGAUUGCUCUGGCGUACCGGACAUUAGAUCUUGAACAUGCAAAAAGGAGCCAAAGGAAAAUUAAGGAUUUUUUUGAGCCUUAUUAUUUUAGCAUUCGCCGAUGGUGGCAGCAGAUGACAUAAUUGGAUAUAAUUUGAAGUUCCAGUAAAGGAGAAACUAUUUCAUUUUUGAGACGACGAUCAGGGUUCAACUAAGCAUAUCCUUCGUGGGAUUGCAUUGAUAGUGAGUUGGGUUACAGAAAUAGCCUGAAGAAACAUGGAAAUUUUGAAGCAUUAUAUUGCUUUCUUGCCAACUACUAUAUAGUUGGGGGAGUUUCAAGCUCGUCUUAUGCACAGUGAAAUGUCAUAUCUGAUUUCGUCCAGCAUUCCAAAUAGUUUGGAGCAAACACAACUUGAUACGACAAAUGCAAUGCAGAUCAUUGGCCACUAUAUCUGCUAGACGGUUCCAAGAACUCUCAUGCUAUGUGUUUAUCGCAAAGCUGCCGAAUGAGGGUAAUGGAGUUUAGCAUUGGAAGGUAUAUGCUCCCUUAGGAACUUAAAUAACUGUUGUAUAUAUUCAUCCAGUAAUGGAGUAAUAAUGUGGCAAUCAUAGCAUCACUUUAUUGGAAUAAAAGUUGUCAUUUCAUAAUUGGAUUAA